AUGAUGUUAAUAGGACCGUUUGCGCUAAUUGUCUUCUAUUUAAUAUCUGUAUCCAAGCACUUCAGUCCUGGCCCCGCCUGGAUUGGAGUAGAGGAGACUGAUGUUUGCGAAAAAUAUUGGCUAAAAAGUUUACUCAUGAUGAAUUCAGACGUCAGACACAUUUGCCAUACAGUUACGUGGUACUUACCCUGUGACUACCAGUUGACAAUCCUGGGCACUCUCAUUUUCCUCGUCUAUCAGAGGAACAGGAGUUUUGGAUUCAUCUCUUACGGAAUUGUUGCAGUCUUCUCCAUGAUCAUUCCUGGUCUGCUGACCCACUUGUAUCAAUUUCCUGGUGUCCUUUUCUCGGAAUACGGGAAAUAUGUAAUCCGCUAUCGUGAAACUUGGGAGAUCAGCUUGAUCUACACGCCGUCCUACAGCCGCGCUAGUACGUACCUCGUGGGUGCCGCCAUGGGCUACCUCAUGCAUGUCUACAAACCUGAUGAUUAUAGGAAAUCUAUUCCAAAAAUAUGGUCCAUAAGUGGUAUAGCUGUGAGUUUAAUCACAAUGGUGGCCACGAUGUCUCUCGGAUUUGUUCUCAAACAAAGAGGACGGUACCCAAUAGAAGCUGUCGUCGUCGCAGCUACCAAUAGAAUCUUCUGGGCUGCAGCCAUCUGCUGCAUUAUAGGGAUGUGUGAAUAUGGAACUGUUCAUUGA